CCCUCUCUCUCUCUCUCUCUCUUUAAAAAAAGCGACACAGUUCUCCUGUGAAUGUAGGAAGAUCGCCGGGAUUUUCCCAGAUCGCGAAAUGUGGGAAUGGAAGGCGCAAACUUUGACUCGCCAUCGCUACGAGGAGUAUGAAGUUUGCCGCACCGCGUCUGCUGUGUUGAGGAUUAAAGUGCCCGCCUGGUGGAACCUCAGACGGUGUGUGAUUACACUGCCACAGUCCCAUCAACAACAUGGCCUCGGCUGUUAACGUUACGGAGCGCCGAAGGACAGAGGAGGACCAUGUUCAGCAAAACAGGAGGAGGAUAAGAAGAAACCAGCCGCAUCAUACAGCGGGUUUAGAUUAUCUGGAACGGCCGAGCUAUUGCGAUGCUGCCUUUGCGCUGGAGCAGAUCUCAAAGGGAAAGGCGACUGGAAGGAAAGCACCGUUGUGGCUUCGAGCUAAGUUUCAGAAACUAUUAUUUAAACUGGGCUGUUACAUUCAAAGGAACUGUGGCAAGUUCUUCGUCGUGGGCCUCCUCAUAUUCGGGGCUUUCGCAGUGGGAUUAAGGGCUGCUGACCUGGAAACCGAUGUGGAGGAGCUGUGGGUUGAAGUUGGUGGUAGAGUGAGUCGAGAAUUAUCAUACACACGACAGAAGAUAGGGGAGGAGGCAAUGUUCAAUCCACAGAUCAUGAUACAAACACCUGUUGAGGAAGGUGCUAAUGUUCUAACACUUGAAGCAUUACAGCAGCACCUUGAGUCUGCGAUGAAAGCCAGCAGAGUGCAAGUUUACUUGUACAACAAACAGUGGAACUUAGACAACUUAUGUUAUAAAUCAGGAGCACUUGUAACGGAAACCAGUUGGAUGGACCAGCUUAUUGAAAAAUUGUACCCUUGUGUAAUAAUCUCACCCUUGGACUGCUUCUGGGAAGGUGCUAAACUACAGUUAGGAACACUCUACCUACCAGGUAAACCAGAGUUGCAGUGGACAAACCUUGAUCCCUUAGAAUUCCUGGAGGAGCUGAAGCACCUUAAGCACGAGGUGGAUGGUUGGGAGGAGAUGCUGAACAAGGCUGAUGUUGGACAUGGUUACAUGGACCGCCCUUGCCUCAACCCUGCGAAUCCUGACUGCCCACGUAAUGCCCCAAACAAAAAUUCAACAACACCUCUUGAUAUUGCUCGUGUGUUAAGUGGUGGCUGUCAGGGAUUAUCAAAAAAAUACAUGCACUGGCAAGAGGAGCUGGUAGUAGGGGGUACCACAAAGAACAGCAGUGGAAAACUACAGAGUGCUCAAGCUCUCCAGACCAUGUUUCAGUUAAUGACCCCCAAGCAGAUGUAUGAACACUUCAAGGAUUAUUAUUACGUUUCGGAUAUCAACUGGAAUCUGGACAAAGCUGCAGCCAUUCUGGAGGCCUGGCAGAGGAAAUAUGUUGAGGUUGUCCAUCAAAGUGUUGCACAGAAUUCGAGCCAGAAGGUACUUUCGUUCUCUACUACUACCCUUGCGGACAUCCUCAAAUCCUUUUCCAGUGUCAGUGUUAUCCGAGUCGCUGGAGGCUAUCUGUUAAUGCUUGCCUAUGCCUGUCUAACUAUGCUGCGAUGGGACUGCGCCAGGUCCCAGGGUGCUGUCGGGCUGGCAGGAGUCUUGUUAGUUGCACUGUCGGUGGCUGCAGGGUUGGGCUUGUGCUCUUUGAUUGGCAUUUCCUUUAACGCUGCAACAACUCAGGUUUUGCCUUUUCUUGCUCUUGGUGUGGGAGUGGAUGACAUCUUUCUUUUGGCACAUGCAUUCAGCGAAACGGGACAAAAUAAACGAAUUCCAUUUGAGGACCGAACCGGAGAAUGCCUAAAGAGAACUGGAGCAAGUGUAGCCCUUACCUCCAUCAGCAAUGUCACUGCCUUCUUCAUGGCUGCUUUGAUACCCAUUCCUGCUCUUCGGGCAUUUUCCUUGCAGGCUGCUGUUGUUGUGGUAUUUAACUUUGCCAUGGUUCUGCUCAUCUUCCCUGCUAUUCUCAGCAUGGACCUUUACCGCAGGGAGGACAGAAGGCUUGACAUCCUCUGCUGUUUUACAAGUCCUUGUGCCAACAGAGUGAUUCAGAUUGAGCCACAAGUAUAUACAGACACCAAUGACAACCACCCCUACCAGCCUCCGCCACCUUACACCAGCCAAAACUUUACUCAUGAGACCCAAAUCACCAUGCAGUCUACAGUCCAGCUAAGGACAGAAUAUGAUCCACGAACCCAGGCAUAUUACACGACGGCUGAGCCUCGCUCAGAGAUAUCCGUGCAGCCAGUCACCCCCAUUGCACAGGAUUCACUCAGGACUCAGACCCCGGAGACUGCCAGCUCAACACGGGACCUUCUCUCCCAGUUUACAGACCCUAACAGUCAAUGUGUGGAACCACCCUGCUCUAAAUGGACUCUCUCUUCUUUUGCUGAGAAGCAUUACGCUCCACUGUUGCUGAAGCCCACUACGAAGAUUGUGGUCAUAUUUCUUUUUCUGGGUUUACUUGGGGUCAGCCUCUACGGGACAACAACAGUCAGAGACGGACUGGAUCUCACCGACAUUGUGCCUCGGGAUACCCGCGAAUAUGACUUUAUUGCAGCACAGUUUAAAUACUUCUCUUUCUACAACAUGUACAUUGUAACUAAACAAGAAGUGGACUACCCGAACUCUCAGCGUUUGCUGUAUUACCUCCACAAGAGCUUCAGUGAUGUCAAAUUCAUUUUGCUGGAAGAAAAUGGAGACCUUCCAAGAAUGUGGCUGCACUAUUUUCAUGACUGGUUGCGAGGCCUGCAAGACUCCUUCGACCGGGAAUGGCAAGCUGGGAAGAUCACUUACAACAACUACAAAAAUGGGUCGGAUGAUGGUGUUCUUGCCUAUAAGUUGCUGGUUCAGACCGGCAACAGGGACAAACCUAUCGACUUAAGUCAGUUGACCAAACAGCGUCUAGUUGAUGCCGAUGGAAUCAUCAACCCCAAUGCUUUCUACAUCUACCUGACUGCCUGGGUCAGCAAUGACCCUGUGGCCUACGCUGCCUCUCAAGCCAACAUCCGACCACAUCCCCCUGAGUGGGUCCAUGACAAGGCCGACGACAUGCCAGAAACCGAGCUCAGAAUUCCAGCAGGCGAGUCUAUCGAAUAUGCCCAGUUUCCUUUCUACCUCAACGGGCUGCGUGAGACACCAGACUUCGUGGAGGCAAUUGAAAAUGUCAGAAAUAUCUGCAGUAACUUCACCAGCCAAGGAAUUGCCAGUUAUCCGAACGGAUACCCGUUUCUUUUCUGGGAACAGUACAUUGGGCUUCGACAUUGGCUGCUCUUGGCCAUCAGCGUGGUGCUAGCCUGCACAUUUCUGGUGUGCGCUCUCUUCCUCCUGAACCCCUGGACUGCUGGGAUCAUUGUCUUAGUCCUGGCACUGAUGACUGUGGAGCUUUUUGGAAUGAUGGGACUGAUCGGGAUAAAACUCAGUGCAGUCCCUGUCGUGAUCCUGAUCGCUUCUGUUGGAAUAGGGGUGGAAUUCACCGUUCACGUGGCCCUGGCAUUUCUGACUGCAAUUGGAGACAAGAAUUGCCGUGCAGUUCUGGCUCUGGAACACAUGUUUGCACCUGUGUUGGACGGGGCUGUAUCUACUCUACUCGGGGUUCUCAUGCUUGCUGGGUCUGAGUUUGACUUCAUUGUCAGGUACUUCUUUGCAGUCCUGGCCAUUUUAACUAUUCUGGGUGUUCUGAAUGGAUUAGUGUUACUUCCUGUUCUUCUUUCAUACUUUGGACCGUAUCCUGAGGUCUCAUCCUCGGAUGGAAGAAACCGGUUACCUACUCCGUCACCGGAACCUCCACCUCGAGUUGUGAGGUUUGCACUCCAUCCAGAGCGCGUGAAUAAAGGGUCGGAUUCGUCAGACUCUGAGUGCAGCUCACAGACCACAGUUUCAGGGAUCAGUGAAGAGCUUCGUCAGUAUGAAUCCAAUCCAAGCAGAGCUCCACCAGGCCAUCAAAUCAUGGUGGAAGCAACAGAGAAUCCAGUCUUUCCCAAGUCCACUGUUGUUCAGCCAGAAUCCAAGUAUCAUCGACCAAGACCAAGGCCACCACCUCAACAGGACACCAGACCACAGCCCGUGUGGAGGAGCUGCCGGGACCACAGCGCGGAUGUGAGGGACACUGUACGGCCCCCUCCUUGCAGACCGCGGACAGACGCUUUUGAAACUGGUCCUGAAGGCCAUUCUGGAUCCAGCCACACGGACCGUUCAAGUCACAAAUCCCGUUCUCACAAGACGAGGAACUCAGCAUUCACUGCCACCGGUGCUGCUGCCCCAACGUACUGUCAGCCUAUCACUACUGUGACUGCUACAGCCUCCGUUACUGUGGCUGUUCACCCUCCCAUGCCCAAUCAGAAUGUAUAUGGAGGCUACCAACAUUACGAGGGGUUCAGUGAAACAGAUGAAGGAGCGUUUGCAGAUCCUCAUGUGCCUUUCGAUGCACGUCACGAGAGAAGAGACUCAAAGGUGGAAAUUUUAGAGUUGCAGGAUGUUGAAUGUGAAACGCAACAGAGUAACGUCAGUAAGAGAACAAAUUAGUAUGGAAUCUCUGAUGCACAGAAGGCCAAAGAUGGAAAAGCUCUUCAUUUGCUCAGUAUGAAACCUUGAAGUAAAACCGCUCCUCGCUAUAAAUACAGGCGAUGUUGCAUUGGGAGAAUAGGUUAUUGUAACUGUUAAACUAUUGUAUUAUGUGUUAAAUAUUUCUUCUCUAAAAUAUUUAAAGGAUGUACACAUAUGUAUAAUACAAAAUGUACAAUGUAAAGUAGUAUAUUUUAGGAGCUGCAAAGCUCCUGUGAAUAGAUUGGGAACAAUAUUGUGUGAUCCAUACAUGGUGUACAUUGAUCUGUGUAUCUGUGCCACAUUUACGCUUAAUCUAGUCCUAAUUUCAGCAUGUUGCUGCUGCUUGAAAUAUUGUAUAAUUUACCUGUAUAAUUAUUCUAUGCAAAUAUUGCUCAUGAGAUAGGAUUUUGUUUUGUAAAGGUACGCAUUUUGUUAAAAUAUUUUAAUUUUGCAUAUCACAACCCUGUGGUAGUAUGAAAUUUUACUGUUAACAUUUCAAGCACGCUAUGUGUGCUUCUUAAAAUGAUCAGAUAUGAAGAAAAGCACGUUAAUCUUUUAUGACCUGUUAGUUAUAGUCAUCAGACUCUUUGCUGUGUACUGUAUGUCUGUUGUGUUUUAAUUUAACCCUUAGUGUGUGUGUAUUUAUUGACUAUCUUGACUCUAUGAAUGAUAAACUGUACCUACAAAUUCUAGCUGUCAGGAGAAACAAAGAGACGGCCUUUUUUAAAAAAAAAUAUUUAUUGUCAACCUUAAUAGAAUGCAAUUUUUGUAAAAACGACCCACCCUCAAACUCAACUGUUCUCUUUAACCUCCAUUUGUAUAUUUGUAAAGACAUGCAUCCAGUUUUUUUGUUAAAAAAUGUAGACUAUAAUCCAAUUCCGUUUUUUAUAUGUAAAUGUGUAGGGGAAAAAAGUACUGUCUCUUCUUGAAACUGACUGAUGCUGUUGUUAACCUCAUCUGCUGCUCCACAUGAAUGGCCUCACUUGUGCUCAAUCCAGUGGGGCGCGUAAGACUGAAGCUCUGAAUCCUUCAGGAACAGCCCCGAAUAUUUACUUUUUAUAUAUAUAAAAUAUAUAUUUAUAUAGAAAUGUUAUAUAGAGUUCCAUACAGGUCUCAUAUGUUCCAAAACUCAAAACGGUGCCUACAGUUGAAUCAAAAUCCUCCCUUGAUGACUGGUCUCGAUACUAUUUUUAAGCUUUUUUUUAUUUUAUCAUCUGGUGAUUUAGGAUUUGUUUUAAGCAAUUCUUUAUUGAAAGACUGAAUCAUCAACAUUUUUACAGUUUAUUUUGUUAGUCGUGUUUCUUUGCAUCAGUCUUACUAACGUUGAUGUUACAGAUGAUGCCAAAUGGUGUCCAGUCGCAUAUAAGCUGAGUCAUGUCCUCCGUUUUUUAAGUGUUAAAAUAAGCUACUGCCAUUAGCACACUAAGGGUUAACCCUAAUUGUCUACUCUAUGUGGAAAAAAAAGUUUACUCUCUGGCGUAGAAGUGUAUGUGAUACUCAGCAACAGACCUCAAUGCGGCACUUGCCGUGGAUUGACCUGAGAUCAUCCAGAAUCCACAACAAAAACUGUAUGGUGUUAAUUGGAACUAACUUCAGCUGCCAUAGUGUAUAUUAGAUCGUGUCAAAAGUUCAGAGUGGCUUCCCACUGCUUCUGCCUUGGCGUCUGUCUGUCACUUUGAACUAUUAUUUUCCCCUCUCCCUUGCUCCUCGUUUAAACAGCACAGAUUGUGUCAAAUGCAGAUAUAUGUAUGUUUUUCUCUUCCCUCCCCCUUCCCCUGUCUGCUGCUUCUGCACAAUGUAGACCUUUUCUCCUUAUAAGUCACAUUGGCAAAGGGAGAACUUCUCAGUGGCUGCCAACUGUUUUUAAGGAAAAAAAUGUAUUUUUUUGUGAUAUUUAUAUUUUUGUAUCAUAAGAAUGUUUUCUUACAGUAUUUGUUGUAUGCCAGUUUAUAACAAAAAUGCAGGGAUUUUUUCUUCUGUUCAAAACCCUAUUACAGCUACAUUUUACUUUGUAAUGGAUUUUUAAUCUGUAUAAAGUGCUUACUAAUGUUAAUAAUUAAAUAGGAAAGAUAUAUAACUGUUACAUUAAGAUCGUGUAGGUUUUAGGAUGAGGAUGCAAAAGGAAAAUAUUCAAACUGGGUCUCACUGCCUGUCAGAUUUUGGCAGAGGUGGGUUUGUGUCAUUUCAGUUACAAAGAUAAAUGUAUGCCAUAUAAUUUAUUUAUAUGAAAAUUUAUUUUUGUAGUGUACAUAGUAGUCAUCAAGUCUUUUGACAGAAGUAUAUUUUUAAAGAGUUUAUAUGUAAUGAUACCAUUAUGUUGGAUCAUAACUGAGACACAGUUACAGUGCACACUUUUCAUUGUAACUUACACUUGGAGAAGAUGUUUUACAGUGUUAAAGAGAAAGCAACUAUUCUAAAGUUACAUAAUUUGGUUCAUUUUCCGCGGAAUACGUGCCUUGUGUGUUUUAUCUGCGUCAUGGGACGUGGAAAUUGUGGAAGCUCUCUAAAUAUUAAUGUUCAACC